AUGCCGUCUCUCGAAAAAGCUCUUCCGCAACCUAAGAUCGAGCUAUACAGUGGAAAAUACUUCGCAGCUUGUGGACUUGGUGGUAUAAUUGCCUGUGGCCCAACUCAUACCGCCGUCACUCCACUCGAUCUCGUAAAAACCCGUCGUCAAGUCGACUCCAAACUCUACACCUCCAAUUUUAAUGCCUGGUCCAAAAUCUACCGUGCCGAGGGUCUUCGAGGAGUCUUCUUCGGAUGGUCUCCCACAUUCGUCGGAUACUGUUUCCAAGGUGGUGGAAAAUACGGUUUCUAUGAAGUAUUCAAAUAUCUCUAUGGCGAGAAAUUGUUCCCACACGCAAAUCAAACGGCAAUUUUCUUGGGUGCCAGUGCUAGUGCGGAGUUUUUGGCAGAUAUGGCACUUUGUCCAUUUGAAGCUAUCAAGGUCAGGAUGCAAACUACUUUGCCGCCUUUUGCAAAUAGUUUGAGAGAGGGAAUGUCAAAGGUUAUCAAAGAGGAGGGGUACGGAGGACUCUACAAAGGACUCUACCCUCUCUGGGGUCGACAAAUCCCUUACACAAUGGUGAAAUUUGCAACCUUCGAAACCACCGUCAAUAAAAUCUACGCUUACUUGGGGAAGCCUAAAUCCUCUUAUUCCGGUCUCCAACAAACUGGAGUUUCUUUCCUCGGUGGUUAUAUUGCGGGUAUUGGUUGCGCUGUUAUCUCUCAUCCAGCAGAUGUCAUGGUUUCGAAACUUAACAGUGAUAGAAAAGCUGGAGAAGGAGCUGGAAAGGCUAUGACGAGGAUUUAUGGAAACAUUGGAUUUGGAGGUCUUUGGAAUGGCCUACCUGUUAGAAUUGUAAUGAUUGGAACGUUAACAGCAUUCCAAUGGUUGAUUUAUGAUAGUUUCAAGGUAGCAUUGGGCUUACCUACUACAGGAGGACAUUAG